GGCACGAGUUCACGAAAAAUACCGGCCUGGCCAGAUGAACCAGAUAUCUCUAACUAUGAUGAUCUAAAUGCAAUUUAAUACAAGUGCAACAUUUAGUUGAUUUGUUUUGUAAUUUCUCAUAAUUCUAUCUGCUUGAUCAAAAAUAUAACAAUGUCGGUUAAGCAAGGCGCACAGCGAUUAUAUUAUAUGAAAAGACCAACUCGAUGGGAUAAAGGAAUCGGUGCUGCAUUACCAGAAGCAUACAAAAAAUUUUGGAGAGAAUGGAAAAUACAGCAGCCAACUGCAGUUCACUAUGUUAAACAGGAAGGUGUUUAUGUGAGAAAUGAAGAAACUGAAGAAGUACGCCUAGUACAAAAUGUACCAAUACCUUUACAAUACCCCAAAGAGAUUCAUCACGGUAUAUGGGGAGGAGAAGCUAUUGUGCAAGGCUUUAAGAAAAAAGGCAGAUUCAAGAGAAGAGUCCCACAUUUUUGGAUACCUUGUCUGCAAAAGUCUGUGGUCUACAGUGAAGUUCUUGACACGUAUAUGAGAAUUGUUGUUACUAGUAGAACAAUUAAAUUAAUUCACGAAAAUUAUGGAUUUGACCAUUAUUUAUUAAAGACACCAGCUUGUGAUUUGAAGUCCUUACUUGCCUUGAAAUUGAAACGUCAGAUACUCAUUGCAUUAGCAGAUAAAACUUUAUAUCCUGACAAUCCGGAGAAACGCGCAGAGGUGUACGCUAAAUAUGAACAAUACCUGUCCGCUUACACGAGAGAAGAAAUAGAAUGGUACGGUAUGUCGUACGCGAAUGCCUUGAAAAAGUUUUUAGCGUUAAAAGAUACAACACCGCAACCCUUGAAAAUCAAAUAUAGGUCAGAAUUAAUCGCCAAACUCAAGGAGAACAAAAUUAAAGAAGCUGAAAACGUGGACGUGUCACCAGAACAAACAAGUUCUUCGUGGUUAAGCAAAAUAAAUCCCUUUUCCAAAAGUCCAAAGACCGAAUAGAUAAAUAUUUAUUGUAUAUUGUAAGGAAUUUUGCAAUAUCUAACUUCUUAAAUUCCUUUCUUCGAGAUGUAUGUUCUGUGACAAAAAUAUUCG